GUCUCACAAGACACGCCCAUCCGGUCAGUGUAAUUCUUCAGGUUACUUACAGGUUUACUGCUGAGGUCUCAGUUUACUACACCGAUCGAAUAUGUCGCACGUUACCGGCACACCACCAAACUUCUCCUGGGUCGUACCUCAGAAACUCGCUGGACUGGCCUGGCCUUCAGAAACGGCACAUUAUAAGUUCUUGCUGGAGAAUGGAAUCAAACAUCUGGUGUGCUUGUGUGAAUCGAAACCACCAAAUCACGACACCUGUCCCGGGCUGACAUUGCAUCACAUCAGUAUAGUGGACUUCACGCCGCCGAGUCGGUCUCAGAUACAACGAUUUCUGAGCAUAGUGGAAGGAGCCAACGCAAAAGGCGAGGGCGUUGGGGUACACUGUAUGCAUGGUCAUGGCAGGACAGGGACCAUGCUGGCCUGCUAUCUGGUGAAAACACAGAACAUCACUGGUCUGGAAGCCAUCAGAGAAAUCCGACGACUUCGGAAAGGGUCCAUUGAGACGAAUAACCAGGAGAAAGCAGUGACAGACUUUCAUCAAUACAUUCAAGCUGGUUCUAUGUAAACGGCACACCCCACCCACAUUUAAAUCCUUAUGAUAAUACUAAAAGUCCCAAAAUGUCUCAUGUUUUCAACUACGAAACUUCAGUAAUAAAGCACUAAUCCAUGCAUGUUUCACACACACUGAGUAAUGUAUGAUUGCAGUGUUCUAAACACAGGUGGAAUGUGUUCGUCAAGAAUACACACCCAUAAAGAAAAAAGGUAACAAAGCACAGCUACUUUGUGCAACUUAAACUAAUUUAUAUGUAACCUUGAGUAUGGGUGAUUUUAAACAGGGUUGGGAGGGUUCCUUUUUAAAUAUAUUCCACUACAGAUUACAAUAUACAUGCUGUAAAAUGUCAUUUGUAACAUAUUCCAUUAGAUUACUCAAGGUCAGUAACGUAUUUUUAAAUAAGUUGGAUUUCUUCUUCAGCACUGGUACAUUUUCUAUCACUUGUUUUUGACUAUAAAAACAGUAAGACAAAAUACACCUGUUAAAAAUACAUUCUCUGAAAAACAUAAAUAUCUUAUACAAUGUUAUUUCUAAAACAAAAUAAAUAAAAUGUAUCUUGUUUUAAGGAUUUUUUUAAAUAUUUUUACAUGAAAACAAUACCAAAAUUAUCAUCAAGAAUAUGAUUUUUGCCCCAAUAUCAAAGGUCUUGUUAGAAAAAAAAAGAAAUGAUGAUCUAACAUGAAUUUUCUUGAUCAAAAAUACGAUCGUGCCUGGUGACAUGUCCAUGUAAUAUGGCUAGAAAUAGCAUUUUAGCUUAGCGUAAAGCUGACAAUUUCUGUUUCUCCAAACAUAUUUCUCUUUCUGCUCGUAUGAAUGUAAUACAUCAUAAGAAAGUGUUUCACCGCUGUUCAAAUGCACUUUGGAUCGCAUCAUUUAUAUGUAUAAAUGUUUUCCAUCUGAAAAUACUAAUGUCAAUAAAAUGCAAAGUAAUCAAAAUACUUUUUGAAUGUAACUGUAUUCUAAAUACCAAUGAUUUAAAUUGUAACUGUAUAUUUUGUAUUUUAAAUACGUAAUCCCAUUACAUGUAUUUUGUUACUCCCCAACACUGUUAAACCACAAGACUAGACCCUGUUCAACUUCUUUAUAAUAAAACUGUCUGAGUUUCG